AUGUCAAGGAUCGCUUGUGCCUGGGCGGACUUAGGCGAAGAUGCCGCAGGCGCGAAUCAGUGGUACGAGGGUACGCAUGUACCCGCUGCCCUUGCAAAGAUCAACUCUACGGCCCGCACUGCAGAGCAGGUGGAAGAUAAUACAUUCGCAGAGGUAGCUGCAAUCGAAGGCAGCCUCAUGACUAUCUAUGAUCUACCCAAACACCAAAGCGCGCAAGAGUUGGAUGCGCAACUAUGCCCAGCCUUGGACCGACUUCCGAAAGAGGCGAUAAUAGAGACGCGGGUUUACAAUGAGUAUGCCAAUUGGUAUGGGGAAGAAUGGCGGGGCGACUCCCGCGAUAUCCAAAUGUGGAUGAUAGUCCUAUGGCAACCCGACUCGGAAAUUCAUGACGAAUUCUUAGCAUGGUUUAAAGAUGAAUUUGCGCCUGGCAUGCUCAAGAAUCCCGAACUACUCCGCACACGCAUCUUCAAGCUCGAGCACGUAUCCAGAAUCCAAGACCAGAAACACAAACAAGUAGACAAAGCAUCGAGAUAUCAGUACAUGACGUUCUGGGAGUUUAACACUGAGGAGCUGCCAUGGGAGAUUUUGGUAUACCUAGGGUCCUCAGAGGGAUGGAGGUACUACGUUGAGGGCGGACGCUUGUCAUGGCAAAUGGGACAAUUCUUGGAAUAUCAGGAUCUAGACGACGAUACAAGUCAGCAUAGCGGAAUUGACCCACUAGACGGACGAUUGGAUGGAGAGCUUGAGAAAACACCAUGA